CACGAAAUAUCCGUCACUUAAAAUAUGUUUGAUUCCAUUUGCUUCAAAAACCAUUGCAACUUUUUUUUUUAUUGGUACAUAGUCACGUAUUUGGAAUUUGAAAGAACAAAGUCUGCUAAGGAGCACAAACAAUUCUAUUUUUGUAUGCGUAUCUAAGAUAUUGGAGUAUUGGAUAGUGUGGUCAGGACUACCAACAGUUGCUUCGACAGAAAAUGUUGGUGUAUCGGUAUGUAUUUAGUGAAACAAAUCUUUACAAUAAUUUAACCAAAACACAGCCACAGCGCCUGUGAAAUACAAAAAAUGAGAAAAUGAUAGAAUAACAGACGAAGAAAUAAAAGUUUUUAGGCGUUAUGCAGGAACAACAAAAAGUAAACAAUGGGGUGUUUCAUACGGACCUUUUAUCGUGAUGCACCGUCCGCAGUCGCUAUGGUUACGACAACAAAGUGUCUGCUGGCAAACAGAAACAAUCGCAAGAGGAUAGACGUUUCGCCUGACUGAGGAAGAAGAGAAACUUUUGAAAACGACGAAUUAAAUGUGAAGACGCCCUGUGGCCUUCUCAGCAUGGAGGUCAGUGACAAGCUCAGAGAACUUGACAUGACUUCAGAUGAAGUCGACAGGUUCACCCAGGCGUUCAAGGACGAGAGAUUCCGCGAGAUGCUGCGAGAGUACGCGGAGGAAAUCUCAGAUCCAGAGAAUAAAAAGAAGUACGAGGAAGAGAUGACACUUCUGGAGCAAGAGAGAGGCAACCACGUGGACUUCAUCCACCCAGAACCCUUCAGAGCUCUGCGGACCAGCGUGGACGGCAAGCGCAAGUGCUUCAUCAACAUCUGCUCCAAUGACAAAGUGGCCAAACCCGAAUGCGCUCCUGGGCAGUCGGAGGACGGCCGUAGGGGUCAAAGGUGGUCUCUGCCUCACAGUCUACACCCUGGAAGACCACAUAGUGAUAAAAAGGGAGUGAAACAAAUGGUGUAUGAUGUUGUUUUCCACCCGGACACGCUUCACAUCGCAGGGAAGAACAGCAGGUUCAUGGACAUGGUGAAGAGCACAGCCAUCCAGGGGAUCGAGAAUGCGUUCAAAGUGACUCUCGACUCCAAAAAUGUCAGAGAAUUAAAGGUGAAGUAUAAAGGAACCCCUCAGCCCUGUAUAAUUCGCAAACCAAUACCAGGAUAUGAAGCGAAAGAAUCACCGGAGGGAGGUUUUUCCGUUCCAUAUCCAGAUCCGAAACCCAAACCUGCUGGGCCGCAGAAUUUCCAAAUCAAACCGGAGACUUCGCACACGCCCACCAAGCCGAACUGCUCCAUUAAAUAUCGGUCUUAUGUCGAUAUGCAGGACUAUACAUGUUCCAAGGAUUCCACACAGCGCACCAGACCCAAAGAAAUCGUGGUCACCAUCGACCUGCCUCUGCUGAAGACCGUGGCAGACACCAACCUGGAUGUGAAGGAGAAGAUGUUGCUGUUGGAGUGUGAGAAACCGUCGUACAAACUGGAGCUGCCUCUGUCCUUCCCGGUGGAUGGAGACAAAGGAGAGGCCAAGUUUAACAAACAUAAGGGGCAGCUGACCGUGACCUUGCCUGUUCUGCCGCCUCCGAGUCUGAGUCAUGUCCUGAGUUUGGAUGGAGAUGAAGAGAAGAAAGCGGUGGAGGACAUGACAGAGUCGCAGAUGGAACAUGGAGAAACCGAGAGGUUGGAGAGGGGAAAUGAAACAAUACAGGGUGCAGACAGUGACAACACCACAGCAGAAGAAACUAGAAAGGAGGGAGGAGACAGAGAGGAUGUGGAGAACAAGUUGGAGACAAAGAAAGAGAAGAUGGAAGCAGUGAAGGAGAACCCUGAGAACUUAUGGAGAGAAGUAGAAGAGCGGAAUGGUGAAAUAGAGGACACUUUGAAGGGAAAGGAGGUGGACUUUACUGAAGACACCUGUCAGAAACAGGUGAGUGAGAUGGACUGCGGAAAUGAGAAGAUCUUGGGAGCGAGAGAGGAGGAUGAACCAAACACAAAUAAAGCAGAUCGUAUGGAGGGAAAUGCCCACGAUAGCACAGCCGUUCAGGAGCCAGAUGACAUAAUGAAGAAGAUGAUAACGUUGAGUGUGGUGGAACCAGACAAAAGUCUCGCAGAUCAGAAGGUUCAUGGACAGAAUGAGACGAGUCAGCAAGCUCCUGAGGAGGUUCAAAAGAGCAGUUCAAUUCAUCACACAGAUAAGGAGAGCAGUGAAGAAGAGCAUGUGCAGGAGGAGAUGGACUUUAGAGAAGACACCUGUCAGAAACAGAUGAAUGAGAUGGACUGCAGUAAUGAGAAGAUCUUGGGAGCGAGAGAGGAGGAUGAACCAAACACAAAUGAAGCAGAUCUUGUGGAGGGAAAUGCGCACGAUAGCACGGCUGUUCGGGAGCCAGAAGAUAUAAUGAAGAAGAGCAUGAUGACGCUGGACAGUAUGGUGGAACCAGACAGAAGUCUCGAGAUGAGCAUGUAUGCAGAUCAGAAGGUUCAUGGACAGAUUGAGAUGAGUCAGCAAGCUCCCGAGGAGGUUCAAAAGAGCAGUUCAAUUCAUCACACAGAUAAGGAGAGCAGUGAAGAAGAGCAUGUGCAGGAGGAGAUGGACUUUAGAGAAGACACCUGUCAGAAACAGGUGAAUGAGACGGACUGCAGUAAUGAGAAGAUCUUGGGAGCGAGAGAGGAGGAUGAACCAAACACAAAUGAAGCAGAUCUUGUGGAGGGAAAUGCGCACGAUAGCACGGCUGUUCAGGAGCCAGAAGAUAUAAUGAAGAAGACCAUGAUGACACUAGACAGUGUGGUGGAACCAGACAGAAGUCUCGAGAUGAGCAUGUAUGCAGAUCAGAAGGUUCAUGGACAGAUUGAGAUGAGUCAGCAAGCUCCCGAGGAGGUUCAAAAGAGCAGUUCAAUUCAUCACACAGAUAAGGAGAGCAGUGAAGAAGAGCAUGUGCAGGAGGAGAUAAAAUGUGAGAGGUUAGUGGAGGAAUGGCCUGAGUGUGUAGUGGAGGGGAAGAAGAUAGAGGAGCAGAAUCAACAAAAGGUGGAAGAACCUUCCCAUCUUAAUGACGAUGAAGCCGCCAGUCAGCUUCAACGGCUGGAUUCCUGCCUGGAGCUGCACAUGGAUAGUUCACAUUCAAAAGAGCACUCAGACAUGCAUACUGUUGAGCAGGACGUGGACGUAUGUCAAGUCCCUGAAGCAGACGCUGCUGCUGUAGACACGUCUGUGAUCUGCUGUGGAAGCAAUGAUGGCGUGGAUGAAGACGACCUUCCCUCAGAACAGAUCCUCCAAACCCCAGUGUUUGUUCCUCCUGCCAUCCUGCGGGAGGUCGGCAAGGACGGAAAGGAGACGAUCAUCUGCGACCACUCGACGUCUGCCGGGUUCAUCUUCCAGAACUCGCUGCUGUUCGAGCUUGACUGAAAAAGAGAAGCACUGUUUUAACCAUCGCAAAGUUGAUCUGAGUUUUGUUGAGCUGUGAUGGAAGAAGUUUAUUGCUUUUUGUCAUUAAGAUAAAGAAAAAAAUCUUUACACUCAUCACUUCCUUCUUUUUCAAAAGAACAAAUUACUGUAAAGCAUUCUAUUAAAUGUCAUUUUAUUACUUCCUGCCAAUGCAUCAAACAAAAAAUAAAUAUUGAAGAAAAAUAGUUAUAAUAAAAA